AUGAUACACUCAUCAGUGAUGGAAAAUAAUAUUCAUCAUUGCAAGGGACCACUUUGUGAUGAUAUUAUUUUUGAGAUUCUCCGAUUUUUUGAUACCAUGUUCAUCCUCCGAGUGGGCAUGAAAAUUUCAAAACAAUGGAGAGAAGUAUCAUUUCAAAUUCCGUUGGCUCUUUCGUUCUAUAACAAAGUCUCGAGUCAAUCAGGCCCAAAAUUUGUUGAAUUGAUUGCCAAGAGUGACAAUUUGAAAAAUUUAACUUCUCUUCAUUUGUACCAAAACAAUAUUGGUGAAGGAGUGAAAUAUAUUGUUACUAGUGAACACUUGAAAAAUUUAACCUCCCUAACUUUGAGUGGCAAUAUUGGUUCUGAAGGUGUAAAAUAUGUUUCGGAGAGUGAAAAUUUAAAAAAUCUAAUGUUGUUGGAUUUAAGUUUCAACGAUAUGGGUGACGAAGGUGUUCAAUUCAUUGCAAAUAGUUCCUAUUUGAACAAUAUCACUUCACUGGAUUUAGGUGAAAACAAUAUUGGCAACGAAGGAGUUAAAUUGAUUGUCUCUACUGAAAAUUUAAAUAAUUUGACCUCAUUGUAUUUGUAUGAUAACAAUAUUGGCCAUGUAGGAGUAGAAGCCAUCACCAACAGUGAAAAAUUGCACAAGUUAACAUUAUUGGACUUAAGCUCUAACGACAUGGGACCAGAAGAAACCAAGCUCAUUACUAAUUGCAAAUACUUUAAUAAUUUGACUUCCUUGGAUUUAAGCUUCAAUAAUGUUAGCUCUGUAGGUGCAGAAGCCAUUGCCAAGAGUAGCAAUAUGAAGAAUUUGACUUCAUUGAGCUUGAGCUCGAGUAAUAUUGAUCGUGACGGUGCCAAAUACAUUUUCGCUAGCGAAUAUUUAAAGUAUUUAAUGGAAUUGAAUUUACAAUGUAACAAUUUAGGUACGGAAGGUAUCAGAUACAUUUCCAUUAGUGAUAAUGUGAAAAAUAUAACUUGUUUAGAUUUGUCACGGAAUUUUCUUGGCCCUGAAGGCGCUAAAUUAAUCUCUUCUAGCUGCAAUUUGAAAAAUGUAACUUCACUAAAUUUAAGUAGAACUAGGAUUGGCCAUGAAGGCACCAAAGUCAUUUCGGGUAGUGACAAUUUGAAAUAUUUAACUUUACUAAAUAUAAGUACCAACGAUAUCAGAAAUGAGGGUGCCAAAUUCAUUUCCAACAGUGAAAAGUUAAAGAACUUGAUGACGUUGAAUUUAAGUUCCAACGGAAUCAGCUCUCAAGGUAUCAAGUUCAUCGCGUCUGGCCACAAUUUAAAGAAUUUGACUGUUCUUGAUUUAAGUUUCAACAAUAUUGGCCAUGAAGAUGUCAAAUCCAUUUCAGAAAGUGAAUACUUGAAGAAUUUAAUUGAAUUUUUGCAUUACAGAUAG